AUGGCUUCUGCAACAGCUGACUACACGAAACAUUUUUGGGGUCAGAAACAUCAUGGGUAUCAUGUACUGUACGAGAACCUGAAACAUGAAGAAGAGUCUGUCCAAGAUUUGAUACAGUUUGUAAAAGAAAGAGCAGGAUAUGAAGAGGAAUGCAACAAGUUUUUGAACAAAUGUGUUACUAAAGUAGUAAUUUUCGAAAAUUAUCGUGGUUUGAAAGCUUAUUAUUGUUCAGCUAAUGGUUUGACUGUGCCGGGAUCAAUGUUUUCAAGUGCAUGGCUUAUAACAAAAAAUACGAUGGAGCUUUUGUUGGGAAUAGAAGCAUCAUUUUAUUUCUCCUUGCAGCAUUUAUUGAAAGACAUUUUCAAAUAUCACGAUGAUUUGGUCCGAUCACGAAAAAAAAUGAAGGAGCAAGAUUUUGUAGACGCUGUGAAUUUAAUGCAAACCACGACUACAUGUUUACAGAAGUCGAAAGAAACAUACGUUCAGCGGGUCAAUGAGUUUGAACGUCUAAAAAAAGAGAAUGCUACAUCAAAAGAAAUCGCAAAGGCAGAGAACAAGUUAAACAAAUCAUGUGAGGAAUAUAAAAGUUAUGUUGAGAAAUAUGGACGUGUACGAGAUGAUUUUGAAGAAAAAAUGAUCAAAGCAACUCGUUUAUUUCAAGAACAUGAUCAGGCUUUUCUGCUUCAGAUGAAAACAUUCAUGGCAGGGUUUGCGCGUGCACUAGACGAAUCUACAUGUGCUGCAUCACAGGUUUGUGCUCAAUAUCGAGAUUGUGUAGAUAAAAUUGACGUUAAUGAGAUACUGGUCAAUUUUGUUGAAGCGAAAGGGACGGGAAAGGAUCGACCAGAAUUUGCUGUAUUUGAAGAAAUCGAUAUUUCCAAAGAUAUUAAUGUGUCAAAUUUUGUAUCUGCGUCAUCCUCAUCAAAUUCACCCACGGUCAUGCAUUCUUUAUGUGCUGGAGAAGUUCAUCCUAGUACAGGACAGAAUUUGUUUUCUCUUGAUGCAAAUUCCUUAGAUAUAUGGAAUAAUGAAAAUAGUAGUACAAGAGUUCAGCCUUCUCCGGUUGCCAGCGAUAGCAGUUCAUCAACUGCCGCCAAUGCUGGUGUUGGAGCAUUACCAUUUUCUGCAUCGUUAGGAAGACAGAAGCUUUCCUUGUGGUUGCCCGGCAAAAGAAAGAAAUACGCUUCUCAAAGCAGUUUAUCAACGGAACUUUCUCAUCAGGAAUUUAACCACAACCAGCCAGAUUCCUUAGGUUUUCUAAAGAAAUAUCGUAGCAAGCAUAAGAAAUCAAAUACCGACCUCACUGUGUCAUAUGCUGACGGCCCCACCACAGAAGACUCAAAAAGUACUGCAAGUAGCAAAAGCGAGGAUAAACCUUUCGUUACAACAAAUGGCUCUAUGAAUAUAUUGGAUCUAUCCACAGCCUUGCCACCACCUCCACCAAAUGUCCCUCCUCCUGAAGAUGAUGAUGAAGAUGAUGGUGAUGAUGAAGGUACUGGUGAUGAUGAUGAUGAUGUGCAGCAAGCAGCUAAAUUGCGUCAUAUGAGUAUAAAGCCUUUAAAUGAGUCCAAAGGCAACAUCACUGCAUCCGUUGAUGAGCUUCGGGAUGCUGUUGGGAAUAUCGUCAUAAAUUCUACAACUUUUAGCAGAAGUAGUACAUUUGAUGGUGAUCCGUGGUCAUCUUCCCGUCGAUUGACACCUUUCAGUACAAGUAUAGAAAGAACUGUUCGGCCCCUACGAGCUGCUCUUACUGGUGAUGAUUACUUGCGCGGAAAACAGUUAGAUUCCUAUAAUGCGUCUUUGCCUUUUUCUGUUUCAAUGUCUGGCUCAAGUAUAGUUCGAGCUCGACCACACAGCAGUAGUACUCCAACGCCAGGAACAUCCAGCUUAGCGUUACAAAUGUGUGGUUAUUCUGGGAGUCAUAUAGCGUCUAAAAAGGACUCACCACCAAAUGAAUAUACAUUUUCCCGAGGUGAGUCCAUGUUAUCUUGGGAGCGAUCUUCAACUUCUGAAAUACCCUUUACUGUAUCAACUUCGAAUUUAUUGAGCGCUUCAGCUGCCAUAGCCGAGAAUCGUAUUCCAAUCGCUAUGGCAUUCAAUGAGUAUGUACAUGUAUGGUUCAAGAGUGCAGACACUGCAAAAACGACGGUUCGAGUCUUCGGUUCAGUUCUGGUAUCAUUUCCAGCAAACGUAGUUCCAUCUUUGACUGAUUUAAAUUCUGAUAUUGAUCCUCUUAUUAUAACGCUGAAGAAUACCGAUAAAAUCAGAAAUAUCUUGCCUAACAAUCAGUUGGUGUCACAAGUUAAUGAUGCAUUUGCUGCGCAGCACACGUUUGCAUUUGAAAAGACUCAGCUAGCCGAAUGGUUAUCCCUACGUAAAACUGAAAAACCGGAUUCGCAGUUCUUCAAUGUAGAAAUUUUGAAGUAUGAAGUCAAGGAACCUACAGUUCCACCUCUUUUUUUGACUGCAUAUUGGAAAUUGGAAUCACAAAAUACAGAUUUAAGAAUAGAUUAUCGAUUAAAUAAGGAUAGUAGUGUUGACUGCUCUCUUCUGAAUGUUAUUUUCACUACAAAAGUGGAAGGUUGUGUGGCAAACGUUAUUGCUGAUCCCAAAGCAGAAUGGUCGCCUUCCAGCAAUACGAUAUCUUGGAAAUUGACAGAGCUUUCUCGAGAUGGUGAGGGUACCGGAUCAUUAAAAGCUAGAUUGUCACUUUCUAGUGGUCCUGCAACUGCUUCUCAAACGUUUGUUCAGUUUCAGACAUCAAAUGCAUCUGUUUCCGGUAUAGAUGUUCAAAUUGCGGGCGAUGAUCUGUAUCACUUAUCUAUGGUGCGCAAAAAAGUUUUCUCUGGUAAAUAUUUCUGUGAUGGAGAAAUCCGUAAUUAA